UGACCUAACCUUACUUACCUACAACCUACCAACCGGCAACCUACAAGUCAACCUAUGGCAUUACAAUUAGUACUAGUGGAGCAGACGUCACAAAGGUUUUCCAACCAAGGAGAGUCACUAAGUUUUUGCAGGAUCAGGUAAUGCCUAGAUUUACUGAAUACUGACACUGAUAUUGUGAAAAUCUGACAUGACCCUCUUACGCUUGUAGCUCACAAGCUACUAUUUCCCUGUGGCCUAAGCAUGAGUACCGAAGCAGGAGACACAAAGAGCUGGGAUGGCCAGCCACCAGAAGCUGAUUCAGAAGCAAAGCCACCUGUGGCCAUGACUGGCGUUGUGGCGAGCGGCGACAGUGGCCCCAGUGCCAAUGGCGACAGCGCGGCCAAACGAAUCAACCUCGGCCAUCCAGAUCCCGACUCGAUGAAAAUGUUUGCUGGUCAGAUCCCACGCCACAUGGAGGAGCCGGAACUGCGCAAGGUGUUCGAGGAGUUCGGGCCGGUGUAUGAGCUGAGCAUUCUCAAGGAUCGCGCCACGGGCGGCAGCCGCGGCUGCUGUUUCGUCACCUUUAUGAAGCGCAAGGACGCGCUGGAGGCCCAGAACAAGCUGCAUGGCGUUAGGGUUCUGCCGACCAUGCACAACCCGGUGCAGAUGAAGCCGGCAGACGUAGAGCCGCGCAGCGAGCGGAAACUCUUCGUCGGCAUGAUAGGAAAGGAGACCGGCGACGAGACGGUGCGAUCCAUGUUCAUGUCGUACGGUCCGAUCGAGGAAUGCACUGUGCUGCGCGACGCGCAGAAGAACAGCAAGGGCUGCGCGUUUGUCACGUUCAUGUCGCGGAAGAACGCGAUCGCGGCCAUCCGCGGUCUGCACCACUCGCGCACCAUGGACGGCUGCUCGGCGCCGCUGGUGGUCAAGUUCGCGGAGGCCCAGCGGGACAAGAAUGCUGGCGGCGGGAUGAGCCGGUUCGGCACUCAGAUCGGCGGCGCCAACCGAACGCCGCUCGGUACCGGUUACAGCGGCGGGUACGGCACCGGCUUCGGCAACGCCGCCGGCGGGUGGGGUAAUCAGCAGCAGCAGGUGCAGCAGCAGCAGAGCAUGAACCAGCCGCCGCCCAACAUGAACAACCCGCUGUUCAACAACCCGCAGGCGGUGAACCUGCUUCAGCAGCUCAGCAACGCGGCCAGCGCGCUCUCGGCUCUCGCUGGUGGAGUCAACCAGUUCGGAAUGGCUCCUCAGGGCAACCAGCAGGGCGGCUUCAACAAUCAGCAGAAUCAGAACAACCCGGCCAACGCUCUGGCCAUGAUGCUGCAGGCCGCUGGAAACCUGAAUCAAGUGGUAGGGAAUCAGCAGCAGGGUGGCCAACAGUACCCGCAGGCUCAGCAGCCGACGAACACCGCGGGCAGCUUCAACACCACAAACGCAGCCGUCAACAACACCGCCACCGGCACCGGCUUCGGGCAGCCGCCUCCGAUCGGCGGCGCCGGCGCGCAGUCUCUGCCGCUGGCGCAGCCGGCCAACACCAACACACCGUUCGGCCGCCAGGUGGAGGGCCCCGAGGGAUGCAACCUGUUCGUCUACCACCUGCCCGAGGAGUUCACUGACAGCGACCUCGCCAACAUGUUCUCGCCGUUUGGUAACGUCAUCUCGGCCAAGGUGUUUCUCGACAAAGAGACCAACCAGUCGAAGGGCUUUGGCUUUGUCUCCUAUGACAACCCAUCCAGCGCGGAGACGGCCAUCCAGGGCAUGAACAGCUUCCUGAUUGGCACCAAGCGGCUGAAGGUGCAGCCGAAGCGCUCCACCGUCACCAAGGACCUGGCCAAGCCGUACUAGGUGGCAGGUGCGACCAUACGUGCGGGGAUCACCAGCAGACUACUCCUGGGGUGGUCGCCUGCUUCCAGGUCCUGUCUCAGGCACUUUGGCAGAGGAAUGUACCAUUGGCAAACAUGUCUGUUCUCGCCAGGAAUUGAUAGAAAUGGGUGCCCGAGCAUUGGCUUGGCUGUGCCCAAAGCGGAACGAGCUACCUUGCCGCCUGAGGCUGUGGUGCGGUUGACAGGAUCCUCGGGAUUUCUGUGUACAAAACACUGCACACUGUGACGUUGGGGGAGAGUGUGUAUAGCGGACAGUAACACCGAAUGGGGAGCGUUCCACAGAGCGCUGCAAUUCUUAGCUGUGGUGGGUCGUGCACUGGACUUUAUACUGAAUUGUGCUUUUGUAUAUCUCUUCAGCGAUCGAUUACGGCACGGACAACACAUUUAUUCCAGACUACUUUCGUGUCGUGUCUUACACGGUGCAUAUUUCAUACAAAAGUGACCCUACCCUAAAUCAUUUCGCUUGAGAUAAGUCAACCACUUAUCUCUUAGCUUAGGGUUUGUUCGAAAGUCGAGAUGUAACGAUCGCUUUGUGUUCUGUCUGACGCUGUAAGUGCCGCGCUGUCAGCUUUGUCCACCAUGGAUGUGCGCUAUGUCCGACGAAGAAUCGCACUCGUUUCGUACGUGUGAAACGCAUCGAAUGUCCGUUAAACCUUGCCGCGGUCCUGUGCCGGUGCUUCUCAUUUCGGUCGUCCUGUCCGGGUUAACGGUGUGAUGUUUCAUUUGUCUGAACUAUUUCGGCGUCUCUGUUAAAUAUGGUCUUACUCUUCGCCGAUCGUGUUCUGAAGCACAUGGUAUCCUUGGACUCCAUAUGUAUCACCCUUGAGUCUAAUAUGCACUGUCAUGAAGUUAUGUGCGUGCGUCUAUUAAGGCUACCAUGCUACACAUAAUCCCCAUGCAUCCAUUGUCUGCGCUAUCGGUGUCAGUGUUGAAAACCUUCGGUCAUAUGUACACGAGAAGUGGCUUGAUUUUAUUUCGCUGUUCCGUGAAUGUACGCAAAACUUGCACGUGUCGCUGUCAAAGAUGUCACAAAGUCUUGUGUAUCUUGUCCAGGAGAACCCAAAUCGGUGUGUCCAUGUAACUUUGCGAAUACAUGUAGCGGGCUGA